ACGCCGGGAGCCGCAGAGCCGGAGAGCCGGGAGGUAGAGGAGUUGACGCCGCCGCCGCCGCCGCCGCCGCGAUGCCGGAGCUGGCCGUGGAGCGCGUGGUGGUGCACCCGCUGGUGCUGCUGAGCGUGGUGGACCACUUCAACCGGAUCGGAAAGGUGGGGAACCAGAAGCGCGUGGUGGGCGUCUUGCUGGGCUCGUGGCAGAAGAAGGUGCUGGACGUCUCCAACAGCUUCGCGGGUGAGCCCCGGAUGACCUCCCCCGCCCCCUCUCCCCCAGCUCGCGAGCGGAUCGUCGGCUGGUACCACACCGGCCCGAAGCUGCACAAGAACGACAUCGCCAUCAACGAACUCAUGAAGCGCUACUGCUCCAACUCGGUGCUGGUGAUCAUCGACGUGAAGCCCAAGGACCUCGGCCUGCCUACCGAAGGCUACAUCUCUGUGGAAGAGGUCCACGACGAUGGAACCCCAACAUCCAAGACUUUUGAGCAUGUAACCAGUGAAAUUGGAGCAGAGGAGGCUGAAGAAGUCGGUGUGGAGCACUUGUUGCGCGACAUUAAGGACACCACGGUGGGCACGCUUUCCCAGCGCAUCACCAACCAGGUCCACGGUUUGAAGGGACUGAAUUCCAAGCUCUUGGACAUCAGGAGCUACUUAGAAAAAGUGGCAGUUGGCAAGCUUCCCAUCAACCACCAGAUCAUCUACCAGCUCCAGGAUGUCUUCAACCUGUUGCCAGAUGUCAACCUGCAAGAGUUUGUUAAGGCCUUUUACCUGAAGACCAACGACCAGAUGGUGGUGGUCUACCUGGCCUCUCUGAUCCGUUCGGUGGUAGCGCUGCACAACCUCAUCAACAACAAGAUUGCCAACAGAGAUGCCGAGAAGAAGGAGGGGCAGGAGAAGGAGGAGAGUAAGAAGGAGAGGAAAGAUGACAAGGAAAAGGAAAAAGGCCAAGAGGCCAAGAAAGAAGAGAAGAAGGAGAAGAAGUAGUAAUAGCAGCAGCCAGGUUUUCUAUUUGUAAAUUAAAGCAUUCAAUUGCACCA